AUGCAGGCACUACGCCUUGAUGGCUACGUUACCGUACUGCUGUGUUUUUGCUUUUCGCUCGUUCUAGCCACCUGCACCGACGACCGCACGGUGAACCAUGGCAACUUCAGUGGUAGUGGUUUUCCAGUAUUUUUUCGAAGUCGUUUCAAUCCCCGUACGCUGCAAAAGAAUGAGCGACUGAUUUCGGCACUAGAUGACACCGAUGCACAGUCGGGCAUGUAUCCAUCACCGGGUACGACAUCAUCAUUUGCAUGGAGCCGUAACCAUUCCGACAGCGAGAGUGUAACGCAGCAAUCAGCUAAUCUCGAUCAACCCGUAACGGAGUCCACCGCAGAGUCGCAGACAGAGGACGAGUGUGGAGUUCUUGCACCGGACGGGAACGGAUUCCCAUGGAUAGCCGUACUGGAACAUGGCGGACCACAAACGCACACCGGUGUGAAGCGCACACUAAGCAAGGGUGUGCUGAUCGACCGGCAGCACGUGCUCACAACCGUGUCGAGUGUGCACAAUUCGCAUCCCACCUGGGUCGUUACCAGCGUCCGGUUGGGCGACAUCCCAACGCGUCGUCAAACGAACGCCAACCGUACCAGCCCCGCUGCCCAGCGCUCCAACGGCACGCAACGGUUCGGAAUAGAAACGGUCUUUCUGCACGAAAAGAAGGACAUCGCACUGAUCCGUCUGGCGGAUGGGGGCGUACGCCAGGUGUCCGACUACAUCCGGCCCAUCUGUUUGCCCCGGGAAGACUACCGGCUCGAGAACUUCAAGCUAACCUCACACGUGUGCCAGCGGCGUACGGAGUCGACCGGUCGCGUGAGUCGCAGCCGGCUGCAACCGCUGGAACUGAUCACCAUAGACACCUGCAACGAGCUGAUGCGACCGUACGGCACAAAGUUGCCGGUGAAAACAUUCUGUGCGCGGGAAUCUGCCAACGAUAAUUGCACCGGCGCGCUCGGUGGUCCUGCAAUGGCUAACGUACGCAGCAAAUAUCAUGUGCUUGGGCUGCGGACAUACUUCCACACCGAGACCAACGUCGAGGGGCUGGACAUCCCCAGCGCAUACGUACGGGUAGGUGGACUACGCAAAUGGAUAUCAGCAGUAAUAAAGGCUAUCAGUGAUUGA